AUGGUAGAAGCUACAUCUGAUCGUACUGCUCCAGGAUGCACUGACGGCAGACUCCUCUUCAGACAGCUGUUUGAGUCAGAGAGCUGCACGUACACCUACCUGCUGGCAGAUACUGAGACCAAGGAGGCUGUCCUCAUUGAUCCUGUGCUGGAGACCAUUGAGCGAGAUCUGAAGCUCAUAAAGGAGCUUGGACUCAAUCUAACAGUGGCAGUUAACACCCACUGCCACGCAGACCACAUAACAAGCACUGGACUGAUGAAGCAAAGAGUGGCUGGGCUGAAGAGUGCCAUCUCCAAAUUCAGUGGUGCCUGUGCUGAUAUCCAUUUAAAAGAGGGAGACAAGAUCACCUUUGGAAGACACUGUCUGACUGUGAGAGAGACACCAGGACACACCGAUGGGUGUAUAACGCUGGUAACUGGGGAUCAGAGCAUGGCUUUCACUGGUGACGCUCUCCUCAUCAGAGGCUGUGGCAGGACAGACUUCCAGCAGGGUUGUCCCAAAAAGCUUUACCAGUCAAUCCACGGGAAAAUCUUCACCCUGCCUGAUGAGUGCCUCAUCUACCCAGCACAUGACUACUUAGGUCAGACGGCUUCUACAGUUGGUGAGGAGCGCAAGUUUAACCCACGCUUGACUAAAGGCAUAGAGGGGUUCGUGGAGAUCAUGAACAACCUGAACCUCCCCAAGCCGAAAAAAAUAGAUAUUUCAGUGCCUGCUAAUCUGGUUUGUGGAUUGCAUCAAGUUUGA